UUUCAGGUCCAGUCGAGGCCGACCCUGAAUACAGACUGAUCGUAGCGGCCAACAACCUCACAGUGGAGAUUGACAACGAGCUCAACAUUAUUCACAAGUUUACAAGAGACAAAUACUCCAAGAGGUUUCCAGAGCUUGAGUCUUUGGUGCCGGAUGCGUUGGAUUAUAUCCGCACAGUGAAGGAACUGGGAAACAGUUUGGAGAAAUGUAAAAACAAUGAAACGCUGCAGCAGAUCUUGACCAACGCUACGAUUAUGGUCGUCAGUGUGACGGCAUCGACCACACAGGGGUCAUUGCUAAGUGAGGAUGAGCUGAAGCAGCUUGAGGAGGCCUGUGACAUGGCCCUGGAGCUGAAUCAGUCUAAACACAGGAUAUAUGAGUACGUAGAGUCCAGGAUGUCUUUUAUCGCCCCCAACCUGUCCAUUAUUGUUGGAGCAUCAACUGCUGCCAAGAUUAUGGGUAUUGCUGGCGGUCUCACUAACCUUUCAAAGAUGCCAGCUUGUAACCUGAUGCUGCUGGGAGCUCAGAGGAGGACCCUGUCUGGCUUCAGCAGCACGUCCCUGCUGCCUCACACCGGCUUCAUCUACCACUGUGAUGUUGUGCAGUCAUUACCACCUGACCUCAGGAGGAAGGCGGCUCGACUGGUAGCAGCAAAAUGCACUCUGGCUUCUCGAGUGGACAGUUUUCAUGAGAGCUCAGAUGGAAAGGUUGGUUAUGAUCUAAAAGAAGAAAUCGAGAGGAAGUUUGAUAAAUGGCAGGAGCCUCCGCCAGUGAAGCAGGUCAAACCACUGCCGGCUCCACUGGACGGACAGAGGAAGAAGAGAGGAGGAAGGAGGUAUCGAAAGAUGAAGGAGCGUCUCGGUCUGACUGAGAUACGAAAACACGCCAACAGAAUGACCUUCGCUGAGAUUGAAGACGAUGCCUACCAGGAGGAUCUGGGCUUCAGUCUGGGUCAGCUGGGAAAGAGCGGCAGCGGCAGAGUCCGCCAGGCUCAGGUCAACGAGGCCACCAAGGCUAGGAUCUCCAAAUCACUGCAGAGAACGUUGCAGAAGCAGAGCAUGACGUACGGAGGAAAGUCCACCGUCAGAGACCGCUCCUCAGGAACCAGCUCCAGUGUAGCUUUCACUCCUCUUCAGGGCCUGGAGAUUGUGAACCCACAGGCUGCAGAGAAGAAGGUGGCUGAAGCCAAUCAGAAAUAUUUCUCCAACAUGGCAGAGUUCCUCAAAGUCAAAAAGGAAUCCAAGAUGUAAAAACUCCAGUCAUCCUGCAUUUUUUUGUGCUUCACCUUGUAUUUUGUAUUUCAAUCACUUCUCCAUAUGAAUAAAAUGUAAAAAUCCCA